CGGCAAACGCAGAGCCAUUCGUUAAACACCGUGCGAGGUUAAAGCAACAACAGCAGCCAAACGAGCCACUCAACUCAUCCAUCAGCUCAACCACCCAACCACCCACUCAAACACAACAACAAAAUGGGCAGCUGUUGCUCAAAGGAUUUGGAUGAUAAGCGCUCAUGGAGUCCCGAAGAGACUAAAAAUGGCAGCACCACAUCGACUAUCAUAGCACAGCCCAUGGAUGAUGUGGGCAGCACAGGUGUCUUUACGUUAACGCGCCCAACAGCAGCAGCAGCAGCAGCAGCAACAACAACAACAACAGGGAAACAACAAGAACAACUCACAGGAACAACAACAGCAGCCAAUGCUGUUGAUCCUGAUGUCAAGCAAUAGCUGCAGCAAACAUUCCAAAAACCUUAACCAAAUAUCAAUUUGCUUAGCCUUUUUUUUUUGUUUUUUACUUAACUCCAUAAUUUUUGUUAAAUAAGCAAUAAUAAUAACGUAUAUAUACAUACAUAUAUAUUUACUGUGUAUACAUUUUUUUGUUUCGUUGCUCAAGAAACAUUUGUGACAUGUGUGUUUGCACGGCAAGAGGAAGAGAGGAAGAGAGUCGAGAGUGCGUGCAUGCAUGCAUGUGUGUGUGUGUGUGUCUGUGCCUGUGUCUGUGUGUGUAUAUAUAUGUGUUUUAUAAUUAAUAAUUCGUCUUAUUGCUGACAGCUAAGGAAAAUGAAACACAACAAAAAGUACCGUUUAGAUGCAAGUGAUAAAUCGUUAGACUGUCUGCGCGGCAUCUUUCAAUUCGUCCGGCUACGAUAUCAACGAAAUAAAAACCAAAUCCAUAAAUAAUGGCCAGGAAUGAAAGA